CCUUUCUUGGAGCCGAAGCAGCAGCCGGCAACGGAGGAAAUGGCGGACACUUCCACCUCGUCCUCGACGGCGCCUUCCGACGCGGAGAGGGAGGAGAUGCUCGAUCGCAUGCUCACCCGUCUCGCCCUCGCCGAUGAUGACAAGCUGGAACCCUUGCUCGUCAGGAUCCUCCCUUACUCCAUCUCUUCGCUCGCAUCUCCCUCCCCUUCCAUCCGCAAAUCGGUUUUGGAGAUGUUAAGCCAUGUUAACAAGCGGGUCAAGAACUGUCCUGAAAUUUCUCUUCCCUUCUCGGAGUUGUGGAGGAUUUAUAAUGAAGCAAAUGCAUCUCUGAUGGUCAGAAACUUCUGCAUUGUCUACAUUGAGAUGGCAUUUGAGCGCUUGCCUAUACAGGAUAAAGUAUCUAUGGCGCCUAAUCUCCUUGUUAAUAUUUCAAAAAUUCCCCCUCAGCAUCAAGAAGUCAUUUUGAGGAUUGUGUCAAAGGCAAUUGGUGACCACUAUUCUAGUCAAGUUACUGAAAAAAUUGGUCCAAUGUAUAGUGCUAUUGGUGAUUCUGAUGAUAGGCAGGUUUUUGUGGAGUUCUGCCUUUAUACAAUCUUAUAUCAGCCACCAUCGUCUAGUGUUACAUGCCCUGCUGGUUUGUCAGUGGUUCAAUCCAAUCGUGUUACUGGAAAGCUUCCACUUAAAGGUGAAUUGCUAACAAAGAGAAAGCUUGGCAUGUUGAAUGUCAUUGAAGCUAUGCAAUUAGCUCCUGAGAUUGUAUAUCCUCUUUACUUGGCUGCUGUUUCAGAUAGGUAUUCAUAUAUGAUCCUAAAGGUUUACAUAAAUCAGUGUGGCAUUGCUGUUGUGCUUAUCUUUCUGAUACUUUAUUUUUAUUCUAGCCAAGAAUCUGUUGUUAAGAAAGGGGAGGAAUUAUUGAAGCGCAAGUCUACAGGUGUCAAUUUGGAGGACACCAUUUUAAUAAAAAAACUAUUUAUACUUUUUAAUGGUAAUGUUGGGGUUGAAAGCAUAGCUGCAGAUUCCAAGGUAACUCCAGUGAAUGUCGCAAUGCGAGUGCGGCUCAUGUCUAUUUUUUGCCGAUCAAUUACUGCAGCAAAUGCUUUUCCUUCAACACUACAGUGUAUCUUCAGUUGCAUUUAUGGGGAUUCAACCAUUUCAAGACUGAAGCAGCUAGGGAUGGAAUUUACUGUUUGGGUAUUUAAACAUGCGAUAAUGGAUCAAUUGAAGCUCAUGGCUCCUGUUAUUUUAAGCGGAAUAAUACGAUCUCUUGAUGCUUCAAAGGCGGAAGCUGAGGCUGUUCCAAAGGAUGUCAAGAUUUUUGCUUACCAAGCUAUUGGUUUGCUUGCAUCACGUAUGCCUCAUCUUUUCAGAGAGAAAAUUGACAUGGCUCUUCGGAUGUUUACUGCGUUAAAGUCGGAGGACCAAUCCCUGCACCUCACUAUUCAAGAUACAAUUAUUUGCCUUGCAGUGGCAUACAAGAGUGCUCCAGUGGCUGUCUUGAAAGAAAUUGAAGAACUUGUGUUCGAAAACUCUCAAGCGGCACAAAGUGAUGUGCGGUUUUGUGCAAUAAGGUGGGCUACCUCUUUAUUUGAUACAAGUCAUUGUCCUAGCCGUUACAUUUGCAUUCUUGGAGCUGCAGACUCAAAGAUGGACAUAAGGGAAAUGGCACUUGAAGGACUGCAACUUAUGGAAGAUCAAGAACAGACAUCUGAAGUAAAUGCUGACCUGAAGUAUCCUGAUCUUACAAAUAUGCUUCAUUACAUAUGCAAUCAGCAGCCAAAGUUAUUAAAUUCUUCUGAGAUAGGAGAACGAAUGCUUCUGUUCCCAUCUAAAACAUAUGUCGCCAUGGUUAAAUUUCUGAUGAAGUGUUUUAAGGCAGAUUUUGAGUCAUCCAAGAUCAACAUUGAGACAGUUGUAUCCCAUUCAGAAAUUUUUACCCUCUUCUCAAUUUUAGAGCAUGCUAUGGCAUUUGAAGGAUCUGUUGAGCUUCAUGCUACUGCCAGCAAGGCGUUAGUUGAAAUUGGUGCUUAUCUACCAGAGUUAGUAGCAACUCAUUACGCUGAACGCCUGUCUUGGUUAAAGCCUUUACUGAGCCACAUUGAUACUGAUACUCGUGAAUCUGCAUCACGCUUACUCGGAAUUGCUUGUUCUGCUUUGCCAUCUCCAAUUGUGUCCACAGUAUUAUCUGAAAUUUCAGACUCUAUUGGUGGCAGCACCCACACAUCAAGAUUUGAAAAUCGUCAUGGGGCAUUGUGUGCUCUAGGAUAUAUGGCAGCUGAAUGCAUAAAAGAACCACCAAAAAUACCAGAGGCGCAUCUUAAGGUUGUUAUUGAUACUCUUGUACAUGUCGUUGAGAAUGAGAAUUCAGAACUGGCCUCUGUUGCAAUGGAAGCGCUUGGCCAUAUUGGUCUUCGAUGUACAUUAUCUUCAUAUUGGCAAGCUGGAAUUCUAACUGUUUUGCAAGGAAAGCUAAAUAAACUACUUUCUGGAGAUGAUAUUAAAUCCAUUCAAAGGAUUCUGAUUUCAUUGGGCCAUAUUUCACUAAAGGAAACCUCCUUUGAGCAAAUACAAUGUGCUCUUGAUCUCAUUUUUAGUCUUUGUCGGUCGAAGGUGGAGGAGAUCCUUUUUGCUUCUGGGGAGGCUCUAUCAUUUAUAUGGGGCGGUGUUCCUGUCACUGUGGACAUGAUACUAAAAUCAAAUUACAAUUCCCUGUCUAAAGUCUCCAGCUAUCUUACUGCUGGCAUAUGUGCAUCUAAAACUCCCAGACUCUCUCUUGAGAAUGACAUAAAUAUUGAGUCACAGAUAAGGGCCCAAGAAGUGAUAAUACGAAAACUUUUUGAUGUUCUCUUAUACAGUACCAGAAAGGAAGAACGAUGUGCUGGUACUGUAUGGUUGGUCUCACUCUUAAUGUAUUGUGGGCAUCAUCCAAAAAUUCAACAUAUCCUUCCUGAAAUUCAGGAAGCCUUUUCGCACCUUCUUGGUGAACAGAAUGAUCUCACACAGGAGCUGGCAUCCCAAGGUAUGAGCAUUGUGUACGAACUUGGUGAUCCUUCAAUGAAAGAGAGUCUUGUAAAUGCUCUUGUAAGUACAUUAACUGGCACAGGGAAGAGGAAAAGAGCUAUCAAGCUGAUGGAUGAUUCUGAAGUUUUUCAAGAAGGGGCAAUUGGUGAUACUCUCAGUGGAGGAAAAUUAAGCACUUAUAAAGAACUUUGCAGUCUAGCCAAUGAGAUGGGCCAACCUGACUUGAUUUACAAGUUCAUGGAUCUGGCUAACUAUCAAGCUUCCCUCAAUUCUAAGAGAGGUGCAGCAUUUGGAUUUUCAAAAAUUGCGAAGCAGGCUGGAGAUGCUCUUCAGCCAUAUCUACGCACUUUGAUUCCUAGGCUUGUGAGGUACCAAUAUGACCCAGAUAAGAAUGUCCAGGAUGCCAUGGGACAUAUUUGGAAAUCUAUUGUUGCAGAUUCAAAGAAAACUAUUGAUGAACAUUUUGACUAUAUUGUGGAUGAUUUGUUGGCACAAUCUGGAUCAAGACUUUGGCGUUCACGUGAAGCUUCUUGUUAUGCACUUGCUGACCUUAUUCAGGGUCGUAAAUUCAGUGAGGUAUCUAGACAUUUAAAAAGCAUAUGGACUAUAGCAUUCCGUGCAAUGGAUGACAUAAAAGAAACUGUACGGAAUUCUGGUGACAGUUUGUGUCGUGCUGUGACUUCAUUAACCACUAGGAUGUGUGACAUUUCGCUUACUUCAGCCUCAGAUGCGAGUGAAACUAUGAAUAUUGUUUUGCCAUUGUUAAUAGCUGAGGGCAUUGUAAGUAAAGUUUCGAGUAUACAAAAGGCAUCCAUAGCGAUGGUCAUGAAAUUGGCAAAGAAUGCUGGAAUCGCAAUUCGCCCUCAUUUACCGGAUCUUGUAUCUUGCAUGCUGGAAUGUUUAUCAAGCUUAGAAGACCAAAGGCUCAACUAUGUUGAGAUGCAUGCAGCAAAUGUUGGAAUCCAAACUGAAAAACUUGACAAUUUGAGAAUUGCUGUUGCUAAAGAUUCUCCAAUGUGGGAAACCCUCCACUUAUGUUUGAAAGUUGUGGAUGCAAAAUCAUUGGAUUUAUUGGUUCCUCGGCUAGCCCAGCUGAUAAGGUCAGGAGUGGGGUUAAAUACCAGGGUGGGUGUUGCAAGCUUCAUUACAUUGUUGGUUGAGCAAGUAGCUUCUGAUAUCAAAGCUUUUACCGGAAGUUUGUUAAAACUCACUUAUCAUGCUGUUCUUGAGGAGAAAAGUAGUUCUUUAAAGAGAGCAUUUGCAGUUGCUUGUGCUGUCAUUCUGAAUCAUGCAAACCCAUCUCAGGCUCAAAAAGUCAUUGAAGACACUGCUACCUUACAUUACGGUGAAAGAAAUGCCCAACUUUCAUGUGCUAUUCUUCUGAAAGCUUAUUCAAGUCUUGCGGCUGGUGUCCUUAGUGGAUACCAAGUUGUGGUUGUUCCUGUAGUAUUUCUUUCCAGGUUUGAGGAUGAAAAAGAUAUUGGUACUAUAUUUGAAGAGCUCUGGGAAGAGAAUUCUAGCAGUGAAAGAGUCACUCUUCAAUUAUACUUGGGUGAAGUUGUUGCCCUUCUUUGCAAUUCUCUUGCUUCAUCAUCUUGGGCAAGUAAAAGAAAGUCAGCUAAAGCUAUUCAGAAGCUUAGUGAAAUCCUUGGUGAAUCUCUUUCUCGUCAUCAUCUCAAUCUUCUCAGGUGCCUUCUGAAGGAGUUGCCUGGUCGUCUUUGGGAGGGGAAAGAUGUUAUUCUACAUGCCAUAGCUUCACUAUGUUCAUCUUGUCAUGAAACAAUAUCUCUUGAAGACCCGACCAUGCCUUCUUUGGUUUUAGAGGCAAUGAUGUCUGCUUGCUCAAAGAAAAACAAAAUUUACCGUGAUGCAGCAUUCUCUUGCCUUCAGCAGGUUGUGAAGGAAUUCAACGACCCUGAGUUUUUCACCAGUGUAUUUCCUAUGCUCUAUGAUGUUUGUAAACAGGCUAUUGCCUCCAAGACCAUGAAUACUAGUUCCAUCAGCUUAGUUACUGAGACAGGAGAAGAUAAAAUGGAAGAAACUUCAGUAUCUCUCAAUGAGGUUUUAGAUUGUGUUGCAUCUUGUAUCCAUGUAGCUCGCCUCCAGGAUAUUUUGAAGAAUAGUACAAAUUUGAUUGAAGUGUUAUCAAUUUCUUUAUCUCCUGGUUUAAAUUGGUCAGUCAAAAUGUCUGUUUUCACUUCAAUUAAAGAGUUGUGUUCAAAGCUUGAUCAUGUUUCUCACGGCAUUCCUAUUUCUUCCAACAAUUCAACUCCAUUUAUUUUUGAGUUAUUUCAUUCUGUGGCACCAAAAGUUGUUGAAUGUAUUCAUGUGGUGAAGAUUUCUCAGGUACAUGUCGCUGCUUCAGAGUGUUUAUUGCAGAUGAUUGAACUCUAUAGGGAUACUCCCCCACAUAAUGAAGAUAUCCAUUUCCUAGCUGAGCUUUCUCAUUUGUGUGAAAUUGAGAAGAGUGCACAAGCAAAGACAUUGCUCAGACAAUGCAUCACAAUUCUGGAAGAUAUCAAGUGCAGGACUACUUCCCCUACAAACAAAACAUCAUGAGAAGAAUGUAAAUUAUUUUCCAUGCCGUCAGAGACAAACACGUCUAUUAUUGCUCGUUAGCUGCCAUUCUGCCAAGAAUAUAGCUGAUCUGCUAUGCUGGGAUGUGCUUGCUCAUCUUUUUACCCUGGAGGAAGAUAUAUUUGGUUGCGUUAUCACAUUUAGUUGUUAGGUUACUUUAAAUCAAUGUAUUAUUAUUCUAUAAACCAAGUCAUUACUAUGACAGGCUUCUUUAGGUGCUUUCUUUCCUUAGCUCCUUAGAAAGCCAAAUCUUUAUUUAAGAUAUAUAUUCAUUCGGCAGUUUAAAAUUAAA